AUGGCUGUUUUCGCUUCUGGGGAUCUGCUUGAUCUCGUAGGCUCGGAAGCUUUGGAGCAGCUGAUGGGUAGUCGAAAGGGAAAUAUGGUUGGUGAAAUGAAGUUGAUGAUUGAGGAGGAACAAAAAUUCCAAGGGAAAGCAUUGUCGUUAUCCCAUACGAAGACGGCAAUCACUACGAUCAAGGAGAAAUUCACUGAACAAAAGCUGCAAAUGUUUGAACAGAGUUGUUUUGGUCAUCUCCUAGGGAUUGAGGACCUCAAGUGGACUUCUCCGAUUGUCCACGGGUUGCGGCUCAGGAAAGCUGAUCCCAAGACAGUUUCCCAACUGAACGGGAUCAAAUUCAUUGUUGGCAAGAAGGUCAUCCAAUUCACGGCGCAACAAUUUUGCAUCGUGACCGGGCUAAGGUUUGGAAACCUUCCCUUUAUUCCGAUUCCCACGAAUGAGAACUGCUCAUUGAAACGGAAGUACUUUGCCAACGAUAAAGCUGUGAUCCUGUUGGAAUUAGAAAAGGCCUUCCUCGAUUGCGAUGAUGUGGACGAUGUAUUCAAGCUUGGAUUCUUAUACUUUGCUGUCUUUGUGCUGUUGGGCAGCGAAAAAAAUGUCCACAUUGACAUGCGAUAUUUGAAGUUGGCGGAAGACCUUGAAGAGUUUGGGAAGUAUCCAUGGGGUGCUGUGUCUUAUGCGAAGACAAAUGCGUCACUGCUGAGGGCACUUUGUGCAGAUUACCAGCGAGUGAAAGUGCCCACAAAAACUGCCAAAAAAAAAAAAUCUGGAAAGAAACCAACAACAACGGCAACCGGUAGACCAAGAGAGUACCACCUCAAAGGUUUUCCGUAUGAACUUCAGGUGAGCAAAUGUCCAUUGAUGUUGAAGUUAAAUUGCAUUUGUUUACAAUGA